GCGCCAUCCGCACGAUAACGGCACAGUUCAAUAUGCAGCUCUCACUUUCUUUAGCAUAUUCUGUGGCAUGCUUGUUUCAGGCUUUGCCAGCCUCAGCGCAGAACAUCUCAUGGCCUUGGCAGACGUAUAAAUCCAGUUCCCGCGAACCACCGUCUUUGAACAUCACAAAAUAUGGCCCGACUUCUCCUGGAUAUCUCUUUUUCGUCCAAAAUGGCAACUAUGCGCACAACUACAGUCUCUUUAUCAUGUCUGAUGAUAAUGAGCUCGUUUGGCAGAGCGCCCCACUUGGCGACUACGCCGCUUUCAAGGCUCAAACUUUCGAGGGGAAACCGGUCUUGACUUUCUUCAAUGGAAUAUCUCUACCGGAGCCUUAUGGUUGGGGUCAUGGUAUCAUUCAGAUUCUCGAUGAGUCUUAUACGAGCAUUUACAAUGUUUCGUUGACUGCUGCGGAGGAGAACUUUGUGACGAUCCCAGAACUGGACCCCACCCAGCUCGUUUCGUACCUUGAUUUGCACGAAUCCAAGAUCACUGCAGAUGACACUAUCCUAGUGACUGUCUACAACGUCACUCAGUACGAUCUGAGCUCGGUCGGCGGCCCAGUUGAUGGUUGGGUGUCCGACUCUAUCUUCUACGAGCUAGACAUUAAGACCAACGAAAUCCUUUUCAAAUGGAGCGCACUAAGCCACGUUGACCAGAUUCCCAUUUCGGAUGUGUUGGAGUUCUACCCCUUGGCAGAUUACGGGAAGAACCAAUCUCUUCCAUAUGGAUAUUUCCAUAUCAACUCAGUCGAAAAGUUUACAGACGGGUCAUACUUGAUCUCCUCGCGUUACUAUAGUUCAGUUUUCAAGAUCGCGAAGGACGGAUCGGUAGAAUGGACUCUACAGGGCAAAUCUGGAGGUGACUUUGAGCUUGGCGAAGGUCUUUCCUUUUCCUAUCAGCACGAUGCUAGAAUUCACCGCGAGGUGGGAGACACUGUUCAGAUCAGCAUCUUCGACAACGCGAACUCGGACGUCGUCUCCGGCAUAGACCAGACGAAAGGCAUCUUCAUGAACUUGAACACAAAAACCAUGAAGGCAACUCUUGAUCGUGCGUACAUCGAUCCCCGAGACACAGUCUACGCCCAUUCCCAAGGAAAUUUGCAGAAGCUAGACGAUGGACACGUCGUGAUGGGAUACGGUUCAACCCCUAAGAUCCGAGAGUAUAGUUCAGAUGGUUCUGUCGCCAUGCAGGCUCAAUUCGGACCUGGUGAUGGUUACAUUUUCUCGUACCGCGCUUACCGUCUCCCGUGGGUUGGCAAGCCCAAGACAGCACCAGAUGCUUUUGCUUGCAUAGAUGCUGCAAAUAAUAAGACCAUGGUGUACAUGAGCUGGCUUGGUGCGACAGAACACCGUGCGUGGAAGGUUUUCACAGGUGCGAGCAACUCUAGUCUCACUCUGGCUGCUCAAGUGGAGAAGACUGGGUUCGAAACCGUAACAAGCGUACCAGGACAGUCGCCCUUGGUACGUGUUGAGGCUCAGGGACGUGGUAUUGGUACAUUUGGGGCUUCUCCUGUUAUAUUGUCCCAGGAUACUUGCUGA